AUGGCCCCUCCAACAUUAGUCAUGAACAGACCAAACACUGUCACCGCUCAAGACAAGAGUCAAGUGAUCAAUCUUGAGGCUGGCGAGAGCUCUCAAGUUAGCUUUGCUGACUGGGAGAAGUUUUCCUUCGCCCCUAUCAGAGAGUCUACUGUCUCCAGAGCCAUGACUAGAAGAUACUUCGCUGACAUGGACAAAUACACCGAAUCUGAUGUUGUCAUUGUUGGUGCUGGAAGUGCUGGAUUGUCUGCAGCCUACGUUUUGGCAAAGAACAGACCCGACCUCAAGAUCGCCAUCAUUGAGGCUUCUGUCUCCCCAGGUGGUGGUUGUUGGCUCGGUGGACAAUUGUUCUCUGCUAUGGUGUUGAGAAAACCCGCCCAAUUGUUCUUGGAUGAGAUUGAAGUUGCCUACGAGGAUGAGGGUGACUAUGUUGUCGUCAAGCAUGCCGCUUUGUUCAUGUCCACCUUGAUGUCCAAGGUUUUGCAAUUCCCAAACAUUAAAUUGUUCAAUGCCACUGCUGUUGAAGAUUUGAUUACUCGCCGUGAUGAAUCUGGCGAGCUCAGAAUUGCAGGUGUCGUUACCAACUGGACUUUGGUGGCAUUGAACCACGACACCCAAUCUUGUAUGGACCCAAACACCAUCAACUGUAACGUUGUUCUUUCUACCACCGGCCACGAUGGUCCUUUCGGUGCCUUCUCUGCUAAAAGAAUGCAAUCUUUGAGACCAAAGGGCACCGACAACUCCUUCGAAUUGGGUGGAAUGAGAGGUCUUGACAUGAACAAGGCAGAAGAUGCCAUUGUCAAGGGUACCAGAGAGGUUACUCCUGGCUUAGUCAUCGCCGGUAUGGAAUUGGCCGAGGUUGAUGGAUCCAACCGUAUGGGACCAACCUUUGGUGCCAUGGCCCUUUCUGGUGUCAAGGCUGCCGAGUCUGUUUUGAAUGUAUUCGAUUUGAGAAAGAAGCAAAAUGAGUCUUGCUACGGUGGCUCUUUGGCCUGA